AUGAUCACCCAAAAAUACUACUUUUCCAGCCUAGAAGAUUUUUUAAACUCUUCAUUUUCACUUCAUAAUGAUAUUGAAAUUGACCUAAGCUAAAGCUAAAUCAGUGAAAAAGGUUUACUAGAUCUAGGCUCUGCUUUGAAAAAUUGCACUAAUCUCUCAUCAAUAACCCUGAAUUUAAUAAGCUAAAUUAGUGAUGAAGAUCAAAAAUUGCUUAUUUCUGCUUUAGACUUUAGUGCUAAUCUUUAGAGAUUAAAAUUAUAUUUAGCCUAUAAUCAAAUUUAUGAUGAAAGUAUUAAAGAUUUGGGAUUUGCUCUUAAAAACUGUAAUCAACUUUCUACAUUGACUCUCGAUCUUAGCUAAAAUCAAAUUUUUGAUGAAGGACUAUCCAUUUUAGGUUCUAUCUUAGCUAAUUUUUCUAAUCUCUCUAUAUUGACACUUGAUUUAAGUGGUAAUUAAUUUAGUGAUGAAGGUAUUUUAUAAUUAUGUUCUCCUUUAUAAAACUGCACUAAUCUCUAAAGUUUUAUACUAGAACUGUAUGAUAGUUAAAUUGGGCCAUAGGGUUCUUCUGAUUUAGGAAAUUCAUUAAUUAAAUGUAAAAAUCUUUAGAAUUUAACCCUCAAUCUUAUUCAAAACGAAAUUGGGGAUAUAGGUGCAUUAAGCUUAGGUUAAGCUUUAGUUAAAUGCAAUAAUCUAUAAGUUUUGGCUUUAGACCUUAGUUAUAAUAAUAUAAGCUCUCAGGGUGCAUUAGAUUUAAGUUUUUCUUUAUCAAACUGCUCUAAUCUCUUCAAAUUAAUACUAAAUCUUUAUUAAAACAAAGUAAGUGGAAAAGAAGCUUUAGAUUUAGUAUCUUCAUUAGCAAAAUGCACUAAUCUCUUAAAUUUGUCAUUAAAUCUUUAAUCUAAUUAGAUUGAUGAGUCAUAAAAACCCAAGAUCUCAGUAGAAAUUUUAAAAUCAAAGAAAUUAAUAAAUAAACAUAUUCAUAUUUGA